CAGUCAUUUUUACAGUUUAGAACAAAGCUUUUUAUUAUUACGAUUCAAUCAUGGUUGACCAAAAGACAGAGCGCAUGAAGAAGACAGUCGAUGCUUUGAGCGCAGAGCUCAAGUUCAACCGCAUCAAGGUGUCCGAGGCUGCCAAGCUGCUCAAGGAUUAUUGCAAGGACACGAAGGAUCCCUUGAUCCCGUCCAUCUGGGGCCGCCUCGACGAUAAGGAAAACCCCUACGCCAAGGACAAAGGCAAGGGCUGCCUGGUUCUCUAAACGGACAACGCCAGACAACAUCAAGCAAGAAACGAAUGCAAAGCCCCACACCUUUUGAACGUUCAACGCUGAAUCUCGAUUACCGCUCGAGUCCUUUGUUGAGCUCUGAGGCGUCGAGCUCUUCGUUUGUUCGUUUUGUUUCGUGUUUUCUCCGUCAGAAUCCCUGCUUAGUUUCCCUCGACUAAUAACUUUUCCCCUCUCACCUCUCUCCGCACCUUGCCCCCUCCCCCCACCCCUUGUCAUUAUGUCCUUGCUUUAACCGAUAUCACCCCCCCUCCCCUAUCGGCGUAAAGCUUGUGACAACCCUCGUCUGCUUUGUCGUUGCUUGUUUUGUGUUUCAGUGUUUUCCAUUUUGUGUGUAUUGUGUCCUUAAUACGAUUUUUUUUUCCCCCCAGAACCUUCUUGUGUACUCCAGU